AUGGGGAACUCGAUAUCUAAAGUGAUGGUGAAGAUGUUCGGGUACCGAGAGAUGAAGAUUCUCAUGUUGGGAUUGGACAAUGCCGGGAAAACUACAAUUUUAUAUAAGCUCAAGCUUAACAAGAUAAAGACUUCGGCUCCUACCGUGGGGUUCAAUGUGGAAACGGUCUCUUUCAGAAAUGUCAAAUUUAACAUGUGGGAUGUAGGUGGGCAGGACCGCCUCAGGCCACUGUGGAGGCAUUAUUUUCCUGCUACUACUGCAUUGAUCUUUGUCGUAGAUUCGCAUGACAUAAAACGACUUAAUGAAGCCAAAGAGGAGCUGUACAGCAUCAUCAGCGACAAAGAGAUGGAAGACGUGGUACUCCUUGUAUUGGCCAACAAACAAGACUUGAAGGAUGCGAUGAGUCCACACGAAAUUUCAGAAUAUUUGGAUUUUAAGCAACAUCUUAAGAAUCAACUGUGGUGCGUGAUCGGUAGUAAUGCCUUGACUGGCCAAGGUCUAGUUGAAGGGCUCUCGUGGAUUACCAACAACACGAAGUCGAACAACAAAAAGAAGACUAGCGACGCCACCUAG